GGAAACAACUCACCUGCUCGCUCGGUGCACGCUUUUAACAAGGAAAUAAUUGACACUGGAGCUCAACAUGGGUUUCCUCUGGAUGCAAGUCUGUGUGGUCCUGUUGCUUUGCCUCACAGCAGAAGUUCAUCCUGCCUCAGCCUCAGAAACUUGUAAAAAUUACUAUGAAACUCUUCAUGUUGAUCCAGCAGCCACGGACAGCCAGAUAAAAAAGGCUUUUCGCAGCCUGGCAGUGAAGUACCACCCGGAUAAGAACAAGAGCACACAUGCAGAGACAACUUUCAGGGAGAUUGCUGAAGCCUACGCCGUGCUCUCAGACAAGCAGAAAAGGAGGCUGUAUGACCUGGUGGGCCAUGAAGCUUACCUAGAAACCGAGGCCUCUUUCGACCCCGAAGAUGAUGAACCUCAGACAAACUUCCACUUCAGUUUCUCAGACUUCUUCCAUGGCUUCGACGAGAGCUUUGUUGUGGAUGAGUCACACUUCCAGUGGCGCUUCCUUCCGGAGAACGCUCAGCAUCAGCGUUACAGUUUCGAGGCACCAAACGGCAAUUUUUUUUGGGAAGAUAUAUUUGAAGAUGAGGACGUUUACUACUACUAG